GGCUGCAAGAUGUCUCAUUCUCAGGGGGAAGCUAUACUUUCUGAAUAACUGCCUUACAGAUUUAUGACAUUUUAAGAAAGAAAAUAGACCACUCUGACUUAAAUCACAGAACACGUGAUUUCUUCCCUCUUAAGUUGGAAGAUUCUUAGAAAUGCUUCAUUUAUUCAACAAAUACUUACUGAGUGGUUACGAUGUACAAGCCACUAAGAGAAAUGCUUCCCUUAAAGAGCUCACAGUCUAGUAUGGGAGGUGACAUACAUAAACACAAGAAAGAUUUGAUUACAUCUCCCUCACUACCUCAGAAGGCACACUUCUGGUUUGCUCUGAUGCCUCUAAGAUCCACUUGAAUCAGAUUGUGGGGGAGUGCAAUAAUAUCUAAGGAAUUUACAAUUGUAAUGUCUCUCCUGGUGGCUCAUCAUCUUGGUUGAAAAAAAGAGCAGGAUGUUUUAUCCAUUGGAACUCAAGUUGCUAUCUAUGUUGCUCGGUUGUGUCUGGGGUCUAGAUGACAUGGUUGUUUCUUCUCCUGAAAUGAUGGCACAUGUGGGUGACUCGGCCUUACUGGGCUGUAUUUUACCGAGCGCUGUGAAGAAACAAGUGACUAAAGUGAACUGGAUGUUCUCAGCAGGGGAGUAUGCAGAGGAGGAGUUUGUGCUGUACUACUAUGCCAACCUCAGUGUGCCUGUGGGUAACUUCAAGGACCGUGUGCACUUGGUGGGGAAAAUUUCAGACAAUGAUGGCUCCAUUUUGCUGCAGGAUCUGAGAGAGGCUGACCAAGGAGUCUACACCUGUGAGAUUCAGAUUCACAAAGAGAGUCUUGUUUUCAAGAAGACAACCAUGCUGAAAGUGGUCCCAGCUAAACCCACAACAAUGAAGCCAACAUUCAGAACUGAUGUGCUGAGUAACUAUCAGCAAGUGAUCAUCGUAGGGAUUGUUUGCUUUACCAUCCUUCUGCUUGCUGUCCUGGGAGUGACCAUGAGGAGGCGUCAGCGCAGCCACAGAUCAGAAAACCAUCUGGAGAAUACCAGUAAAGCUAAUCCAGAGGUACAGGCACAUGUUUACUCCACAGUAACAACACAAUCAGUGACUGAGGAAGAAGAAUCAAAUAGAGCUGAGGCCACUUACAUGACGAUGCAACCAGUUUGGCCUUCCUGGAGAGCAGAGCAGAAUAAAUCAUUUGAGAGAAUGCCAGAAACAGAACAAACUUUUGAAAGACCAAGGUUUGCCAUAAGACCCCUAACAAAGGAAGAUAAUGGCUCUCAGAAGCCCUUGAUUCCUCAUCUUUCCUGAACUACAGCUGCAGUUGAUGUCCUAAAGCUCUCCUGCAGUCUUCUUUGCUAAUUAAGUUUGAUUGAAGAUUGAAGAUUGAAGGGGAUUGAAGAUAGAGACUUUGAUUUGUAAAGGAAAGAAAGGAGAGUGCUUGGAAGAGAAAGUCCUCAGACCAGUAGUGGGCCAGAGGUUAAAUUCAACAACAAAUGCACGUCAACAGUCUAUUUUGAAGUAUUUGUUGAGUGUAAACCUUCUGGGGAAGAUAUAAACUAUAACUAAGACAUGGUCCUUGCCUGCAUGGGGCUUAUAUUAGGUCUCCAGAGCAAGGGUGUAAUCCUUGCUGAUGAGUACAUCAAAUUGUUAAGCGGACAUUAUUUUUGUAGAAGGAGUUAUUGUGAAGAAACUUAAAAACAUCAUAAAUCAAUUCAAAAUUAUUUGUUUUAUAAUGACUAAAAAAUUAUCUGUAAAUAAAUGUAUUCAGGGGGAGAUCAUCUUUCCCUUCACCUCUUUCCUUUCUACCCUUCCCCUUUUUUCUUUUGGCUGAGGGCUAACUUGAAUCUUGGUUAGGAGAAAAGGGUUCUGGUGAUAGUCAUAGUAGGUUAACUCCAUCAGCAACAUUAUAUCCAGGAGAAAUCCGAGGAGUGGGAUAUGGUAUCUGACUGGGAAGAUGAUUUUUGUCAACCUGAAAGUAAAGCAUAUUGAAUUUGAUAGAGGAUGAAAAUUUAGAACUCCAUGCAUGUGAUAAAAUUUUAGUAUUACCACUUAGAGAUUUAAUAAAUCUUAGAAAUUCUUUUAUUUGAAAUAUUUCUCUUCAACUAUGAGAACUAAGCCUACUCUUAAGGCAAGUCCUCCUGGCCUUCCAGAAUAUACAUGUAAAUGCAUACCAUCUUUCAAAUUCCAGAAUUAUUCUGUUACUGCAUAUCCUAAUUGCCAUCCAAAUCAAGCUUUCCCUGAACUCUUGCCAUUGAGGGCAUUUAGCAAUUUAAUCAGGUCUUGGUUUCUAUUACUAAUUCAGGUAAAAUACCCUUGGUCUAAUCUGUGUUACCAGCUGUGUGACAUGUACCAGCUGUGUGAACCUGGGUAAGUCAUUUAAUUUCUGUUUGCCGCAGUUUCCUCAACU